AUGUCGACUUCAGAUUGUCCAAAGUGUGUCCGACGUGAGAAGAUGCAUUCUCGGCGAAACCACCGAAAGUCGCUGCGACGGUCGGGUGAUUUUCCCUCUCCUUCAGAUGGAUUCCGAUCGGGAUUUCAAAGUACAGUCCCCGUUCCAAGACAGCCGGACGGAACGCAACCAGCUUUACGUUUCCAAUUUGCCAGACUGCUCCGGAGCAGUCCCCCAAGCUUACCCCCUUCUCUGGAUGAACUCGAAGUGGGAUUCGAAAGUGCAUUCUCCCGAGACUACGCUCACUUUACUAGCCUCAAUACGGGAAAGGUGAAAGUAAUCGUGUGCGUUCGUCACCCGGAAAGCACCGUCGAAUGCAGACCCUUGUCAACGCUUCCCAAUGUAGACAGACAGCAUCAUGCACCCAGUCAGUAUUUGGACGCACUGUUAUCCCUCAACUGCAACAUAUCUAGCGGUUGUGUUACGACUGACCACCGCAGAAAUCAGUUAACACUCAUUGAUCCCACUCCACCAAUUCGCAGACGAGUCAGUGUAACAAAUCCCAAGCUGUUCACAUUUGACGCUGUCCUUGCAACACAGGAUCAACAGCUGUUGGAAUUGAGUAGGGUCGCACUGACCAGUGUGAUUCAACAGCUGCUGCGCGGACAAGAUGGAUCCCACGACCGGCUUCACCCUUUUGGGGGCUCAUCAGGUAGGCACAGUCCCCGAGUUUCCAUCAACCUUAUGUUCUACUUGAAACCAAAUUGCACGAAAUUAGCGAAAUACACUCAUUUGCUUGAAAACAUCAAAACCGUGAGAUUCAGCUGGGUUCCAGGAAAAACACGAUCAAUGGUUGGUACGGACACAGCUCCUCCUACAAGUUUUGGCAUCAUUCCUUGUGCAAUAAGCUGGCUGUUCCAAGUUCUCAAUAAACAGAAGGAGGUCACAGGCAUUCGGUUUUCGGUUCGGGUAUCUGCAGUGGCGCUCAACGGGCCAAACGAGGAGUUUUGUGACCUACUCGAGGAUGCCGUGUUGCCUCAUGAGAAUGACAUGUCUCCAAGCCGAUACUUACGGUCACAAGAGAGAAAUCCAGCUGCCAAUCCAACUCCGGGUGAUAUUUUCCAGUCUACUGAUUCCGAAUCAGUAGCUAUGCAGAUCAGUAGAUGUCUCGCAAACCAAAAAGAAAUUCGAGUUGCCAAUGCGGAAAAAGCAGCUUAUCUCUUGGACGUCGCCCUGACGAAACGGGCAGCAGCGUGUGCAGACAAAAAGAACAGUUCGAAUACGAAUGGUUCGGGUCUAUCACACAUGUUGUUCACGUUCCAUGUCUAUCAGUGUUGUGUGGAACAGAAUGAGACAGGGGCACAUGUUUCCGGAGGCCUAACCAGGCUGCACUUGCUCGACCUUGGCUGCGGUCGGUACGGUCACCCCACAGCUACGACCAGUGGUGUGGAACUUACCAAGUUCAAGCAGACAGCACAAGAUAAGGGCCAAUCCCCUAUUCCCAGUACUCGAACAACAAGCGAAAUCGACAGACCCGCUACCCAUAAUCCAAUAAAUACUACAUGCAGAAGUCUUUCAAUUUCCGGUAUGGCUAAUGUAAUACUGGCACUUUUAACCGGCCAGAGGCACUUGCCGUUCCGGGACUCCGCCUUGACCCACUUGAUCAAAGAGGCCAUGACCGGAACUCAGGUUCAUCCUUGUGUGAUCGCUCACAUUGAUUCCGGAACUCAAUACUACACAGAAACUUUGCAGAAUACGUCCGUUUCUGGGACUGGCGUGCACGUGGUGAAGCGAAUGAUACCUCGGACAAACGCCAAAGUUUGGCCUCGCGCCAUUUCGCCCAGACUCAAAGAAGCACUUUUGUCGCAGGAAGAGACCUGGAUUGACGGUCCUAAAGUCGCAGGCACUCUCGACAUCAACUUAAAAGCUACUGAGUGCGUGUCCUCUUCCGGUCCUCACUGGUCCCACUGCUUAUGCCCAAGCUCAUCUGUAUGUUCCCCAACAUAUUCAGUCGUACAACCAAGAAGGCACUCAAGUGAACUUGGGACAGCACCUUGCGCAGUGCUGUCUAAAUCAGCAACAGUGUCAACAGUAGCACCGUUGAACAUCCACGAUAGCGAAUCAUUCAGAUGCGCCUACGAUUGCACGCAGGAGAAUGAUUUGGGCAAGUACCCUUCUGUAUCUCAUUCAUGUGCCUGGCAAACAGACAAUAAUGCGGAGGACGAUCAGAACCAAAUUUCGUCGGUGGAUGCAAGCAGCUGUUCGACUUUGGAACAUGGUGCAAAGCUUGGUCCACGGGCUCUAUCAGACAUAUCGGAGCGUACGGAAGAAACGGAAACUGUACCUGAUGGCAACACCAUCAAAUCUUCUUCUACGGGGCCACUUUUUGAAUGUCUAUCGCUGCUGCGGCUCGAAGGACUGCCAUAUUUGGACGAGUUGCACUUUGAGGAUAGAAGUGCUCCCCACAAUGCCGAACUCAUAGAAUCUGUUCUCGCUGACACAACGGACAGACGGCAAUCUCCUUUGAAAAAUGAUGGCACCCGUAACACUCAGAAGGCAGACAAAUCGGGCCGAGAUGAACUGCAACAGAACCCUGUAUUUUCCCCACCCAAGAAUCAAGACCUUGGAAACUUCAGUGCAAGCCAACAAAUACCGUACUGGAAUAUUUUGCAGCCUGAUUCCUUCUCCUUCCCAAGGUAUCCACAAACAAUGAAUACUACAAAGCAUUUGGUUAAACUGAUCGCCUACCCCUCCACCGGCGACCAGGUCCAAAACUCAGCAACAAUUAGAGAGCGAGCCGACUGUACAGAGUCAAUUCAAGCGAAGGAACUGAAGGACUCCAAAUCCCAAAGAGGUUUUCGUUUCCCCAGUUUCCCCAUCUUCCGCAGUUUCCGAUUAAGGAGAGAUCGAAAAAAGGAAAAAUUGCAGGCUGCUGAUCCAUUGCGUGUCGAUGAGAACAAAGCAGCUACUCAGUCCCCCAGUACGACCGAGAAUAUGACUGGACUCAGUUAUCCCUUAUCACCUACUAGCCUUGCAGACCUCAGGGAACGAUGUCAUAGUUGUUCAUCAAUAUCUCCUAUGCGUUCAAUACGCGCAUGUGCAUCCACAUUUCCUCACAAGCCUUCGCCGUUGGAGUUAUUUAUCAGAAAACACCAAGUGAACAGUUACAGACUACUGGACAGGGAAGCAAAACUCUCAUAUGCAUCUUUUUUUCAAAAACUGUAUAUCCAUCCUCCUUUUGAACGCGUCUUUCUGAACGUUUCUGGAUAUUCAUUGACUGUUACUCAAAUCCGAACAAAUGCUACCUCCACAAAUUCCGUAAUCUCACUUUUCAAGAGACGCGAAGCGGAGUUACGAGAAAACGUACUACUCGCAUGCCUCAUCAGUAGCAUCCACCGUUACACCUGGCUUCAGCAGACCCACCAACCCAUCGCUACGCACCCCAACAACGCACUGAUGAUGUCAUCUCGUUUGGUGAUGAAACGACGACACGAUGAAGCAAAUGGUCACCUGGCAACCGGAGAGCGUGAUCAAGCUCACGUAACUGAUUCAUAUCACAUCACCCAGUUGGCAAGUUCUUACCAAAAAAGUCCAUCGCACGUCGGCAUUGCUAACUGGGUACCUAGACGAUACGUGCGUAAUAUUUCGAAGGUCCUGAUUGCACAGUGGUCGAAUUCUGGGGAUAUGAUUUGCUACUUGACCCCCUGCAUGGUUAUAAGCCUUACCAUUUUUCAAACUAUUCAUUUCAUCUCGUCGUCAAAUGUGCCUGAACGGAAUAAAAUCAGGACCAACUCCGGAAGUACUGGCGCGCAGAUCUACUGUGUGCACAAAUCGAGUGAAUUAGGGACGGACCACACUUACCAUGGGCAUUACCCUGGAACCUUGUUCACACCUAUUUGUCGAUCCGGACGAAGAAGUGUAAACGGCGGUCCAGCGAGCAGCGGUUACGAAAGUAUGCGCAUCGGAACCAGCGAGCUUUCUUUAUCACAUCCAGACUCUUCAAGCGAAUGCUCUGGGAUCCUGACACCAGGUGGAAUGACGAAAGAUGUGCUCAAACCGAAAACUUUCGACGAGAUCAACAGAUAUCAACGUCACUCAUCAACAACUGGCAGUCGGGCCUCCGGCUCGGCGGGAUCGGGA